AUGGAGAAGCGCUUAAUGGAGACCGAGAGUGUCCUCUGCGCCUUGAUGAACCAAGUGUCAGACGACCAGCUGUUCUCCGCAUUCUCUCAACUCGACCGAAGCGAUUUUCAACCAGGCCACUCUGCAACGGCACAGUCUGCACUUGAUUCAGUCAAAAAUUACCACUCUGGGCCCGUUUACUGGGGGAACUACCCGCUCAAUUCCGCGCAAGACGUCAAGCGUUGGUUCCAAGCCCGAGCAUCGGUAGCCACUAACACUACCGGAAGCCAACGACCUCAGUCCAUCAAACUUGAUUCGGAAGACAGCGGCACUAUCCAAAGUGGCACAGAUAAGAGUCGCCAGAACGAUUUGGCAGAGACAAAUGGCACUAUUGGCAUGGUCAGUAUGGGAGCGGGCCAAGAUGCAACAAAGGGCCGCCGAACUACCUCGGGAGAACCGGGCGAGGAUGCUGGAAAGAAGAUACAGCGAAUGCAACGACAAAGCUUGGUCUUGGAAGGCAAAACUUGA